AUGCCGGCAGUCAAAUGUGAUCGCCAGGAUCCUUGCAUGAAUUGUGUGGAUGCGCGAACCGAAUGCAAUCGCACUCGACAAGCAAGAGUCCAUCGACCGCGAGUCUCUCGCAUUGAUGCCCUAUCCGAGAGAUUGGCAAGGCUCGAAAAGGGAAACCGAGACGACUCCGUGUUCUCGUCACCUCCAUCGGUGGCAUCAAACCCCGAUGUCUCUCAGACUGCACCCACCUCUCCUCAGUCAAGAUACGUCGAUACCGCUAGGGCCUCCAUUAAAAGAAAGCAUCACCAGGAGCCCGUAUUCCGUGAAACAACCCCCUCUGAACAGUCAGAGAGAAAGCGAAGAAUAUCGCAAAGCAUGGGGGCCAAGGAUCAUGGUGAAGGUCACUCCCUAGGCUCGACACCGCAUGCCAGCGAGGCAAGAGAGUAUAUUGAAGCAGAGCUUCAGUGCAACCCAGCUCUCUCCCAUGAUAGACGGACUGCGUUGGAGACGGCCCGGAAGUUUGUUGGCCAGCUAUCACACCCCGGUCUUCAUCGACAAGAGGCCAGUAUGAUUGAGGACUAUGAGAUUGACGGCAGCUGGUCACCUGCAACUCUCACGCCUGAGUUUUUGCAUAUGAUGUUGCCAGGGCCCGACAGGAAAACCUUUCCCUGGCCCGAUCACAUCUCUGACAAGACUUUGGAACGAAUGGGACUCGCAAUUAUAGAAAGAAGCGAAAGCGAACAAAUACUCCAGUUAUACCGCAUUAACGUCUGGGUCAAGGCAAUCUGCUUUAUAUCAGCCUUGGCGCCCGUGAUCUCCAGCGCGCCAUUAAAAGUUCACUUCGGAAGACUCAUAAAGCAAUAUGAGGUAUCAGCGAUCGAUGUACUAAAUUCUAUUCCCGUUGCAGCUCCUCCAAGUCUGGCGUUACUACAGGCAUUGCUUUCCGGGAAACGGUUGCUGAAUUAUCUAGGAAACAUGUCACGCUGCUGGAUGCUCACAGCCUUCGCAUGCCGUGUCCUUGUCGCCCUCAACUACCACAAUAUCACCGAAGCAGAGCCCCGAAAUGAUGUGGAAGAAGAUAUUCACGCUUGUGUGUACACAUGUUACUAUUACGACAAAAGUCUCAGCCUACUUUUGCUCCGACCUCAAUCUUUGCCAGAUCUCAAAGUCGACCCGGCAAAAUUGAUCCACCUGGACCCUAGGCUCCCAACAACGCCCAUGAUAACAGCGAUUGUGGAAUUCUCACGCUUGAAGAAUACCCUCCUUGAUAUUCUCCUCGACACCAAGGGUAUGGGAGAUAUGGAAAAAGCAACUAUCCUUUCGGACCUUCUCGUCCAAGGCCAUGCGAUAUACUCGAGAUUCCAAUCACACCGAAAUCGUCAAGAAAUGGAGUUUGCGGACUCCUGGGGAAUUAUCCGGCGUGAGUGGCUGUCGAUGGACUUUAACUAUUAUUCCUUCAUAACCACGAUCAUCCGAGCCCGAUCAUCGGUGCUGAAAUCCCGUCUGGUCUGUGAAGACUGCCUCUACGCCGCUCGAAAGGCGUUCACGACCCUUCGGGCUCUACAAGAAUCUUUUUCGAACAGUACCACGACCCUCGACGCCUAUCCGUAUUUCCUCAGCUGGACUAUGCUUCUUUCUCCACUAUCCCCCUUCUUCGUACUGUUCUGCAACGUCGUGGCAACAUCCGAUCAAAGAGAUUUCGAAAUGAUCAAGAAUAUCACCGAUGACUUACGCCAAUUCGCCAAGGUGAAUGUCUCUAUUGGCAAAUUAUACGGCCUUUUCUCAAAAUUCCUUGAUCUGUGUGCGCCGUUGAUCAAACCAAAUCAGGGCAUGCUUGACUCGAUGUCUGUUUUCCCGGUUGAUGGGAAGACUCUUGGUCAGACAAGCUUCUAUCCAGACGUAUACGCCCGUACUGGUGAUCAAGUCCCGCACACACUUCCCAGUCCCAGGAUUAGAAGGGCAGCGUCUAGUGUGGGGCAAUCUGGAGAGCCACAGUCGGUUGAGGGGUGGGAUGAUAGUUUGAUGUGGGAGUUGUUUGAUAACCAGCCUUCUCUGGGGUGGGCGGAGUCGGAGUUAUGGGAUUCUAUGGCUCAGUUGGAUGCUCCAUAG